AACACUAUGGUGAAUGUGAGCAAAUGUGAGAGAAUGAUAAAAUGGUGCAUUCGUCGAUCAAACCGGGCCACACAUCCCAAGUCAGAAAUUAAAUUAACUUCCACCAUUUUGUUUAUUUUCGCGAAAAUAACUCGAUACCCGUACACGUUAGUGAUCAUUCCUUUUCCGCCGUCACACGACGAAGUGACAAAGCAAUUCUGGCAAUGAUUAUAAGAUUAGGAAUGUGCUAAUAGCGUACCUGUCGACUAUCGGGCCCUUGUGUUAAAAAUUGCAGACAUCGGCCGCGCUGCUAGUAAACAUUCUUUGAAAAUUAACGCCUUACCGUCGAAGAAAAAUAAAAACCCCAAUACGCAGGGUAAUCGAGUCGAUGAGAAAGGUUCGCUGAAAUUCGUCCAACGGAUUUUCGGCAAGUGCAAAGGGAGUAAGCCUCAGGCUUUAAAGGAAAUAUCGUCGAGUAGUGGGCGAGAGUCCCCCGUGGCGCGCCCGGCUAACAUGAACCACACGCCUGCCCCGGACAGGCAGCAGCACGACUCCAAUGUGAACCAGGUCGAGGAGAUGGAGACACAAGACGUUAAGAAAGACCAAAGAAAUAAGAAAGUUCUUGUCUGUGUUGAAACAGUGGACGCGGUCACCGACAAGGUUUGGGACGACGAUCUUAUGAAAGGGCCGAACGGCGAGGUCGUGAUGAGCGAAGUGAUGAAGAACCAGGAGACGACAUCUUCGGAUAUGCCCCUGGCAUGCCUAGACGCCGAGAUGGAGGACGACGAGGCGCGUUCCGAAGCGACGUUCCGUUUCACGGUGCACAACUUCAGGAACCUGAAGGACUCGGUGCUGUCGCCGCCGUGCUACGUGCGCAACCUGCCGUGGAAGAUCAUGGUGAUGCCGCGUCAGGCGCCGUCCCCUGACCGUCAGCAACAGAAGUCGCUCGGCUUCUUCCUGCAGUGCAACGGCGAGAGCGAGUCCUCGAGCUGGUCUUGUUACGCCAUGGCGGAGUUGCGUCUAAUCUCGCACAAGCCCGAGACGGAGACGUUCUUGAGGAAGAUCCAGCAUUUGUUUUACAGCAAGGAAAACGACUGGGGCUUCUCCCACUUCAUGGCGUGGAACGACGUUCUAGAUCCAGAGAAGGGGUACAUAAAGGACGACGCGAUCACGCUGGAGGUGCACGUGACCGCCGAGGCGCCGCACGGAGUCUCGUGGGACUCCAAGAAACACACCGGAUAUGUUGGCCUUAAGAACCAGGGUGCGACAUGUUACAUGAACUCGCUGCUACAGACGUUAUACUUCACCAACCAGCUAAGGAAGGCUGUGUACAAAAUGCCCACAGAAUCUGACGACAGUACCAGAUCUGUUGCUCUGGCACUACAAAGAGUGUUUUACGAGUUGCAAUUCUCGGACAAGCCGGUCGGCACGAAAAAACUUACAAAGAGUUUCGGUUGGGAGACCCUGGACUCGUUCAUGCAGCAUGAUGUACAAGAAUUUCUUAGGGUAUUACUGGACAAACUGGAGAGCAAGAUGAAGGGCACGUGUGUCGAGGGGACUGUUCCGCGUCUGUUCGAGGGCAAGAUGACUUCGUACAUCAAGUGCAAGAACGUGAACGUGUCCAGUACGCGAGUGGAGACCUUCUACGACAUACAGCUCAAUAUCAAGGGCAAGAAGAAUAUCGACGAGUCGUUCAAAGACUACAUAAGCACAGAGACGCUAGACGGCGAAAACAAGUACGACGCCGGCGAGCACGGCCUGCAGGAGGCGGAGAAGGGAGUGAUAUUCGCGUCGUUCCCGCCGGUGCUGCAUCUACACCUCAUGCGGUUCCAGUACGACCCCAUCACGGAUAGCUCCGUCAAGUUCAACGACAGAUUCGAGUUCUACGAACAUAUCAACCUGGACGCGUAUCUACAAGAGAAGCCGGAGACUCCCGCCGACUACACGCUGCACGCGGUGCUGGUGCAUUCGGGCGACAACCACGGCGGGCACUACGUCGUGUUUAUCAACCCCAAGGGGGACGGCAAGUGGUGCAAGUUCGACGACGAUGUGGUGUCUCGCUGCACCAAGCAGGAGGCGAUCGAGUACAAUUACGGCGGUCACGAUGAGGACAUGGCGCUGACGGUGCGCCACUGUACCAACGCUUACAUGUUGGUCUAUAUUAGAGAUUCACAAUUGAAGACAGUUUUACAAGAGGUGACACAGGCAGACAUACCCACAGAAUUGAGUGAGAGAUUAGCAGAGGAGAAGAGGAUUGAAACGAUCCGUCGCAAGGAGCGCAACGAGGCGCACUUGUACAUGAACGUGAACGUGGUGCUGGAGGAGGCGUUCGACGGGCACCAGGGCAACGACCUGUACGACUGCGAGCGCGCGCACUACCGCGUGUUCCGCGUGCGCAAGCAGGCCACCGUCGCCGAGCUGCUCGACAUGCUCGCCGACAGCUUCAAGUACCCGCUGCGGCAUCUGCGGCCCUGGCCCUUCAGCGCACGCUCCAACCAGACAUGCAGACCAACGUGCCUAGACAUUGUGAACGACCAACACAAAACCGUGGCGGACAUAUCUGAGAACAUGAAUCCGUGGAACAUAUUCUUAGAACUUCUUCCUCCAGACUCUGGUCUCACGGCGCUGCCGACGUUCGACAAGGAGAACGAUGUGGUGUUGUUCUUCAAGUACUACGACCCGAAACAGAAGCGCAUACAUUACUGCGGACACCAUUACUUGCCGAUAGCCAGCAAGCCGGCCGAUCUCAUACCGAUACUUAAUAAACGUGCUGGAUUCCCUCCGGACACACCCCUAGUUCUCUACGAAGAGAUCAAACCGGACUUCGUUGAGAAGAUAAGCAACUACAACGAGCCGCUCGAAAAGGUAUUGGACGAGCUGAUGGACGGUGACAUCAUCGUGUUCGAACGCGCCGACCAUCGACACGAGGACCUCGAGCUGCCGACCUGCCAGGACUACUUCAAGUACAUAUUCUACAAGGUGGAGGUGCAGUUUGUGGACAAAACUGUUCCUAAUGAUCCCGGAUUCACAAUGGAGCUGUCCAUGCAGAUGCGCUACGACCAGAUGGCGCGCGCGGUCGGACAGAGGCUCAACGUCGAUCCAUACUUAAUACAGUUCUUCAAAUGUCAAAACUACAAAGAUACGCCCGGCCUGCCUCUCAGAUAUUCUUACGACGGUAUACUUAAAGAUUUACUCGUUUAUUGUAAACCAAAGUGCCCUAAGAAAUUGUUCUACCAGAUUUUAUCUAUUAAAGUUAACGAAUUGGACAACAAGAAACAGUUUAAAUGUUUAUGGGUGGGUCCAAAUUACAAAGAAGAUAAAGAAUUAAUUUUAUAUCCAAACAAAGGUGGUAAAGUGGCAGAUAUAUUGGAGGAAGCAGCUAAAGUGGUAGAGAUGUCUCCAGAAGGAUCCGGCAGGUUAAGGAUCGUGGAGGUGUCGUGUCACAAAGUAUUACCGGGGCCGGACCCCGAGCUCACGCUCGACCAGGUGACCAUCUCGCCGCCCAGACUCUACAGAAUAGAGGAGAUACCCAGAGAUGAACUGCAUCUACAGGAGGACGAGGCGCUGGUGCCGUGCGCCCACUUCCAGAAGCAGGCGUACGCGACGUUCGGCAUCCCGUUCUACGCACGCGUCAAACACAACGAGCCCUUCACCGCCGUCCGCGACCGCUUGCAGAAGAAGCUCGAUAUACCGGAUAAAGAGUGGGAAAAGUACAAUUUUGCUAUAGUAACAAAUGGCAGACCUAACUACAUAAGUGAAGGAGCGACAAUAAACAUAUUCGACUUCAGGCCGAGUAGUAAUGCAAAUUUGUCCCUGCCAGACGCGUCGGGUCGGCCGUGGCUGGGGCUGGAGCACAUCAACAAGACGCCGAAGCGCUCGCGCGUCAACUACCUCGAGAAGGCCAUCAAGAUAUACAACUGAGCGCGGCGCGGCGCGAUAGUAACAGCCUGACGACACCACACCGGCACGGACCGGCGGUCCGACAGACCGGCGGACCGACUGCCGCAUCCUAGCUCUAACGACUGCAACUGCAACAAUGUAAUUUAUCAAACAAAUAGAUGUGUGAGAGCGUGUAUGCCUUAAACGCCAUGUUACUAUCGCAUGGAUAUGCAAUAAUAGCCUUAUGUACACGAUAUACUUCGCGACACCAAUACGAUUACUUCCUUUACAACGCUAUUUAUUCUAUUGUAGUUAAUUCGGUUUACGCGGAAUGUUUUGUAGGCGACAGAGUAGUCCUGCUAGUUGUUCACAUUGUUUUUGUACCGUUGACUGUGGAAUGCGCGCGCCUACGCACCUCACUGUUGCAUCGAUGCUUGGACUAUCGACGUUUCAUGACAAUGAGUCUCUAAAGAAGACACCUACAAAAUAUAUCGAUUUAAAUUAUUCAGUGAAGUGGUUUUCAUUGAUAAUUCUUAAAAUUAUUAAUUAUUGGGAUUAGUCAAUUGAGAUCGUGUUAUCAAUAAAUAUUGUAACAUUAAUGCUCUAAUAGUGAGGUGACAGCAGUGCGCGCGAAUAGAAGCCUUUGUAUGCCUUUAAUGACAGCAUUUACGGCUUAAAGUGAAGCCGACAGGACGACAGUGGGAUAUAUCGGCAAUGUUGCGUAUGAUGAAUAUCAUCAGUUUAUCAUAUAGUGUACUUCUUUAGUCUACGCCGCGUGUAAGUUUUGUGGUCAAAGUAUGUCAAUUUUGUUUUUUUUUUCAAUUAUUAUAUUAGCAUUACCGUUGCGUAGUGACGCCCGUUUAGGUAAUCUGAUUCAUUCGUACGUUACGCAUCGACUAUCCGGACGAGCCUCGCUGCGUUCAUAGGCUGUGCCAAUAUCAUUUCGAGCUUGUUUCACGUCAUGUUUUUUGGUGAUUCGGCAAAAUUAAACAUACAGUUACGCAAUAAGGUAUAGAUUACUGUAAUACGAUGAGUUAUAGCUACGAUGUUUAAAAUUAUAUAGACGGAUGUGCCUGUGUGAACGCUUGCUUAAUUAAGUGGCCUGUACAAAUUAACAAUCAUGGAUUCAGUACCUAAAUACUGGUAAAUUAACUAUUAGACGAAUAAUAACCCGAAUUAUAACCGACUUUUAUUUUCGUUUCCAUUCAUUCGAGACGAAUAAUUAGAUAAUGUAAAUGGACAAUUGUAUUUAUCUUUUUUUUUACAAAAAAAACUUUUAAUACGUACUUAGAACAUUUAAUUAUGUAUUAUAUAUUGUUCGAUCCCGCAUUGAAAAUUAAACCGUUAAUAAAAAAAACAUCGAGUUUAGCACAAUUUUACGAUAAACCUGAGUAACGGACGAAAUUAAUAAAUAAUGCUAACAAUUUUCAGAUCUAUCGAGAAAGUAAACCAAUCAAAACAAUGCAUAAGUGGGCGUGGCGCUCAUACUUUACUCCGAUUGGUCCAUUUCUACGGUCGAUCCGAAGAUAGAUCGAUCGUUUAUUAAUUUCGAUCACCAUACAACUUUAAAAUACUAUGUUAUUUUGAUUCAAGGAAAUUACAACAUCCUCAUAGCAAAAUUACAAUAUCUUGUUUAGUUACGGUAUGAUUUUCAAUGUGCGGAUAUGUUGUCAUUUUUAAACUUUGUCUUAAAUUUAGACGUAGUUGUCGCACAUUUGACAAAUAUUGGAAUAACAUGCGUUACGUAUGAAGACUGCAAGUCGCUUAAAUACAACACUAUAUUUAUACAAUCAAUACAAAAGAUAUGUAUAUAUUUUCUGAUGCGAAGAAGAGUUUCGGGUGCACGCUUGUUGGCAAUAAUUAAACUUAAAUAUUUGUGUCGGCGUUAUUUUUGUAUUGUCGUGAUGUGGAAUUGUAAAUCGGAUGCAUUCAAUUGGUAUUGUGAUUGUAAACUAGUGUAAAAGCGUAAGCUUGUACAUAGCUGUUUCAUCUUUAGAAAGUUGUAGGUUUUGCGCGUUGUAUAGGGUGAUAACUAAUUGCUGUGAAUUCUAACGGUGUGUUUUUAUAGAAAUUUUUCGUAUACAAAUGUUUCAAUGAUUGUCGAAUUACCAAAAGGCCGGUGUGCGAUUGAGGUUACAAUCCGGGGGCUGUGCCCCCCACCUGUACUUUAUAUGCACGUAUGUAUAACGCUUGCACUCUAUUGUACGUCCCGGCUCAGAGCCUGAACAUCAAUGCAUGUACCUUAUUACUAUUUACUAUUUAAUUUUUUUACACGACCUGCCAGAGAAAAUAAAAUGUUACGUUAUAAAAUAUGAUUAUGUCGAAAUUAUGUAUAUAUAUGAUGUAAUAAAUUAAGAAAAAAAAUACAAUAAGUUUUCGUAAAGAUGCCUUAGACGUUUUAAGACAUUUUGUAGUAUUUCCAACACGAGCAGUGCCGCUUCUAUAAUUUCUGCCCUGUUUAGUUCGGGUUGUGUCGCGGGGGUCGCGGGGGGCGCGGGGCGGGGGCGGCGCGGGGGCCCGGCCGGCCCUGUCCGCCGUCGCGUCGCUCGCGAUCCCUGUUCGACUCGUAUUUAUAUUUUUCUUAUUUAACAUUUUGUGUGUCGGUUCAGUAAUUUUCCUUAACACGGUUUUGUGGUUAUUUGAAACGAACUUAGAAGCAUAGUGGCUUAGACGUACGUUAAAAAAAUAUAUUGUGGCAAAUGGGAUUAUAGUCUACUAGUUGAUUUACCUGCGGGACCUUCUGACGAGGCUUGAACCACGGAGGGCGAAUCACAGCUUCAGCAAACAUGGAAUGUGUUCCAAUGUUUGUCAUGUUGGAUUUGAAUGUUUCACUGAAUAUAAUCCUAUAUUUGUUAUUUUUGUUUGUUUUGGACAUAUUCAACCCCAGUGCACGCUCGCGACGCACGACGUCGAAGGAGUCGUCAUAAGUUAACACCCUUUAAUACGAGAAGAAUGGAUUGUUAGGAGUUUAACUUGUAAAAUUAAAACCUUUUUUUAUUAAA